GGACUGUGCAAUCUGCCUGCGGAGAUGGCAGCCAUGUAGAUUAUUGCCAACCAAUUAUUAUUUUGCUAUGGAAAAUGUAUUUACUUCUCAAAUGUGGUAUGUGGCCAUAUGUUUUCAAGUCGUGUAGGACUAAUCAAUGAAAGGGAUACCACGGCGCCUCCCACUCGGUGCAUAAAAACGCCUAUUUCUUGCAUCUCAAAGACAGCGUUUAACGUUACUAACGUUAGUUUACUUGCCUACUAUAUUCUGUUUGUGCUUCGGAUUGCCAAAUGUGUUAACUACAUUGCUGGGAGGAACCCAGAGUCAACAUAUCCACCCUUUAAAGGACAUGGAGAAAGGGUAACAUCAUGUGCAGUACAGAGAUGAGAGGGCGAAGGAGCAUGUGAAGAUGUCCCUAAAGACUGCUAAAAGAUGGUGCUUUAGACUGUUCGCUGUUGUACUGUUCUUAGUCUCCUACUACUGCUCCCACGUUUUCAUUCAGAGUUAUGGAGGCACCAGCAAGUCUCCUUUGACUCCUAGCAAGUCACUGUGUGGCGGCUGGCUAAAGCAGAAGAAGUGGGAGAGCCUCAAUUUUAACAUUAGCAGACAAACAGAGCUCUUCUUCAAACUGGAUGAUUUCUUCUGGCGACAACAUCAGUCCACAUUAGCGUUGCCCUACGGUAUUAAAGGAAGUGAGUUACUGCUGCUGAGAGUGUUAGCCAUUAUUGCCAAUUACAAAAUGCCGGCCAGCAUUGAUCGUCUAGACUGCAGAACAUGUGCAGUCAUAGGAAAUGGGUUUGCCAUUAAAAACAGCUCCUUGGGGGGCGUCAUCAACGAGUAUGAUGUGGUGAUCCGGCUGAAUGAUGCCCCUGUCAGAGGUUAUGAGGAUGAUGUGGGGAACAAGACCACUAUGCGUCUCUUCUACCCUGAGUCGGCCUCCUACAACCCCAGCAUGCACAACGACCCCGACACCCUUAUGGUCCUUGUGCCUUUCAAACAGCAGGACCUCCGCUGGCUCAAAGAGAUCCUGUACGACGAGAAGAGGGUGAGGAAAGGUUUCUGGAAGCCCCCUCCACAGAUCUGGCUGGGCAGGACCAGUCGCAUCCGGGUGCUGGACCCUCACUUCCUGCAUAGGACAGCCAGCAGUCUGCUACAAAUCCCACUUCAACCAAAGAGCAAACAGCGAGCCCCUGUGUCAGAGACUGAGGCUGUGCACUCUUUGGACUGCUGAAAUGCAAACACAACUGGCUGGUGUCUGUGCCGAGGAACAGUGGGAAAGUCCUGCAGGCGAUCAGCGGGGCAGCCCGAGCAUAGCACUCCUCCAUCUGCGUGGCCCUACAGGCAAGAUGAGCUCAACCUUGGCUGGCUGUCUCCUGGCUGGCUGGGUGUCUGGCUGGAGGGCGUAGGCUGUUUACUCUGAGCGAGAACAGGAACAGGAACCAUGCCGAGCACUCGACCCUGGCCCCUUUGCCCUCAUUUCCCUCUCCCCUGUCACUUUCCUAGGUCACGGGCCCGACCGCAGCCCCAAAUCCCCAAUGCCAAACUCUCACCCCCUCCCUCUGGCUGCCAUGUUGGCAGUCAUCCACAUGCCCUGUGAGAAGGCAGCAGCAGCAGGCAGUCCCCCUGGUUACAAUACAGAGGCUGACUGAGCUGAGGAGAGCUAGAGGGCUAACUAAUGCCCCUGUCGGUCAAACAGCCCCCACCGCCACCCCCUUCCAAAACAAAGGUCCGACUCCCACCAAUCUGGUCUGUUUGGCGAACAGCAGUGACAAUAUUCACCUCACCAAGGCUCCAUGGGCCAAUGUCCAAACUAUGCGAGGCACUACAGAAGUUGGAGCGCUCGGUGACCGACCACAUGAGACUAAUGCACACAGAAUGUCAGAUUUAGCAGAGCCAGGCUCAGGAAGAAAAGGCACUUAUGCUAAGUGCAUUAGGAACCAGGUUUGGAGGAAUGUCUCGUACAGUGUGAUGAAGAGAGGAGAAGCACAGGUUUGAGAACUUGGUUUCUCCAGUUUCUCUCUCCUUAGGGCACAAGUAAUGGCUGUCCAGGUCAGACAGCAUGCUUGUAAAGCCCUGCAGGAUUCACUGACUGACUCACUCACUGACUCACUGACUGACUGACUCACUCACUCACUCACUCACUCACUCACUCACUCACUCACUCACUCACUCACUCACUCACUCACUCACUCACUCACUCACUCACUCACUCACAUUUACCUUGGAAAGGCUCCUGCACUCAGUAUUGGCCAUUUUGAAGGUUUUAGGUAUUGUUGUUUUAUUUGUAUUUUAUUUGGCUGAUUUAUACUGCAGACCCACAGCACCUCAGUAGGGUUUUAUUGGAAGGAAUUGAGAAAGCAGUAGGCGGGAAUAAUGUGCCUGAACAAGAAGCUUCCUUGGAAAUGGUGGGUAGAUGAGUAAACCAAGGUUAAUGAUUACAUGGAACAGGUAAGGGAGAGGCGGGUAAGUUGAGCCAAAGGGAUAAGUUAAGUCACCCCAUCAUUUCAGUCUGUGAAGGAAGAAACCACAUGGAAAAAGUGGUAAACAACUUAGGGCCAAAAAACGGAUUUUCACCAAGUCAAAUGAAUUUAAUAUAUAAUAAUAUAUGCCAUUUAGCAGACGCUUUUAUCCAAAGCGACUUACAGUCAUGGGUGCAUACAUUCUACGUAUGGGUGGUCCCGGGGAUUGAACCCACUACCCUGGCGUUACAAGCGCCAUGCUCUACCAACUGAGCUACAGAAGGACCUAUUGUGUUAGAGGUUUCACGAUGCUUGUAUCUAAACCAAAGUAGAUACUUUUAAAGAUUGUUCUUAAAGGCAUUAUCUCUGGAAUCAAAUCAAAUGCUAUUUGUCAAAUGCGCCGAAUACAACAUACCUUAUAGUGAAAUGCUUACUUACAAGCCCUUAAGAACAAUGCAGUUUGAAGAAAAAUGCCUAAAAAAAGUAUACAUAAAAUAACAAAUAAUUUAGAGAGCAGCAGUAGAAUAACAAUAGCGAGGCUAUAUACAGGGGGUACCGGUACAGAGUCAAUAUGCGGGGGCACAGGAUAGUUGAGGUAAU